AUGGCUAGCGUUUGCAUCCAGGUUUACAGGACAGCCAAAAUGAGAUCAGCUCUUUUCCAACCCCUCCUACUACCCCGCCGAGCCUUUUGCUCUGCUGCUCCUAGACCUUUCACUCUUCCGCAGCUUGUCUCUUCUUCCAAAACUUUCAACAAACCUCGCUUCUUCUCGGCAACCACAGCAAUGGGUAACUCCAAGGUUUUCUUCGACGUCGAGUGGGAGGGUCCCGUCUUCAAGAACGGCGAGGAAACCAAGGCCGUUGAGGUCCAGAAAGGUCGCAUCAACUUCAACCUCUUUGACGAUGUUGUUCCCAAGACUGCCGCGAACUUCCGUGCCCUCUGCACUGGCGAGAAGGGCUUCGGUUACAAGGGCUCUGACUUCCACCGCAUCAUUCCCAACUUCAUGCUCCAGGGUGGUGACUUCACACGCGGCAACGGCACCGGUGGCAAGUCCAUCUACGGCGACAAGUUCGCCGAUGAGAACUUCCAGCUGAAGCAUGACAAGCCUGGUCUGCUGUCCAUGGCCAACGCCGGCCCCAACACCAACGGCUCCCAAUUUUUCGUUACCACCGUCGUUACUUCUUGGUUGAACGGCCGCCACGUCGUUUUUGGCGAGGUCGCUGACCAGCAGUCCCUGGACAUUGUCAAGGCUCUCGAGGCUACUGGUUCCGGCUCCGGCACUGUCAAGUACAGCAAGCGCCCCACCAUCACCAACUCUGGUGCUGAGUAG